AUGGCGCUGGCCCUCCCAGGGGGCGGGCAGUUGAGGCACCAGCGAGAUAUACGCCUCAGGGUCGACCACGGCCCUCCGCGCAGGUACUGGCUUGUCUGGGAUCAUAUGCAGCAGGCGCGCGAGAUCUGGAACCCUUCUGCAGGGGAGGCGUGGGCCGUGGAGUACGACGAGAAAGGGUACGCGCACCUCGACUCGAAGUCGGAGGGGCGCUGGGCGUCGCAUUGGUUCUCGCGCGACGCCUACGUGGCGCCGAACGGCGCUGAGUUCGUCGUGGACAAGGAGUCGCAACAGAAGCAGUGGCGCGACAGGUUCAUUAACAGCCACGACGUCUUCGCGUGGACAGACCCGGUGUUCGGCCAGCGCGCCAUGCGACUCGCUUAUUUCCCGCAGUGCUACGCAGGGAGAAAGCUGUGCGUCUGCCUCAGGGAUUUCUACGCUAUCGUGGAAUUGGGUCCGCUGUCGCAGUUGUCGAGCUGGACGUCUGCUCGCUGGGCGAAGUGGUCGACUCGCCUGGCCAAGUACGGCUUCGCAGACUGGCCCGUGCUGCGGAAGUGCGUGCCGAUAGGAGGUGGGGAGGAUUACUUUGGAACCGCCGGGUCCGAGGCGAACGGCGAUGUGCUGGCCUUUGGAAACGGCGUCUCCGUUAUGGGCUGCGUCGCUUUAUUGGCGACGUGGACGCAGAGCAACCACAAUGCGGGCGGUGGCCCGUGCUUGCGCGUCAGGGAGGCCUCCGCCAAGAUGUUCAACCACCUCAUCCGCUUGUUGCCCGACCAGUUCGACAUUCGCAUCAACCGCGCCGCCGAUGCGGAUCUCAUCGGCGGCGUCAACGUCGGCGCGCUCAUUGGGGCUAUCCGUGUUCAGAACGGCAAGGUUGACUUCGAGAGCCUGCGGACCGUCUGGGGCCAGAUACCGACCCGUGACAAGCCCGGGAAGCAAACUAAGCAGAACGAUGUUUUCUUCAAGUUGCUGUCUGGUUCUGACGACCCCCGUCUGUCCGACUUGGUAUCCGUCGUGUUAUUAUGGGGCGCUCCCGUUCUCUGGUUUGGGAAGCAGCUGAUCUGGCACAUAGGCGUCGAGGUUGACAACUUCCUGGUCGGGCGAAUCGAGGCCGCGGGCGUGGGAAGCGCGUCCGCGGGCACCCCGGGUUCGAGCAUCACCGUCGUGGAGGAGCUCUGCGAUUCUCACAGAUCGAGGACGCGAUUUCUCUUGAAGUACUUUUUCGCCAUGAGGGAGACGUUCGAAUGCGAUCUGCACGUCCACUGCGCCGUAGACGUCGUCGAAGUGCUUAAGAGGCAUUACUUCUUCUGCGCCGUCGUGGGGAACAAGAACGCGGCGUCGUGGGCGCCGCCCCAGGAGCAGCGAACGUAUGACAGUUACAUCGGAGUGCAGUUGAGGGACGCUGACUCUGUCAAGAAAGAGGAGUUAUUCCAGACGUGGAGAUCUAGGGCGAGGGCUUUCUUAAAGCGAGGGCCGCCCGAGGACGAGGAACCCCGCCCAGCCAAGAAACCUCACCGAGCCAAGGCCUUUCGGUGGUUGUCUUGCUUGGACAACGCCUUGAUGGUGACGACCGGGCAGGGCCUGGACAAGUUUGUGGUGACCACUGAUAUGGAGGCCACCGUGUCGGCGUACGACUGGCCGGACGUCACAGUGGCUGCUGAUCAGGGGUCCGAUGGCUUGGCUGCUGCAAACGCCUGCCAAUUCGGCCCCCUCCGAGUGUGUUUGGAGAUCUUGGACGACGACGACCAUGGUGACCACAACGACAUGGACGAUACGAUCGUCAAGUGUGGAUUGUACCCCCACCAGAAACUUAUGGAGCUGGCCCGCAAUGCCCAUCAAGGACCAUGGGGCGAGGGUCGCAGACACAUCGAGAUCGCAGAUGCUGUUGGUGAGUGGCUGGAAGUCACGGACCCCCAGAGAUGCGAGUAUUUCCUUGGCAAGCUGCCUGAACUACUCAUGGAUCUCGACAUGGAGGAGCGCAUCACCGAGGAGGGCAUCGCUGGGAAAGUUCUCAAGCUUGUCAAAGAACACCCCACUUUUACCAACAGGUAUGCGUCUGCUAGUUCGAGCAGGUUCAUGGACGCCGUGACGCGUGUCAUUGAAGGAGACGCGGUUUUCGCAUUGCGAGGGCUUGGGUUUUCGAUUAUCAAUGCUAUGCGCGGCAAUGUGGACCCCAAGAAGUUCCUACUAUUGGAGCAGACGUCUGCCUCAAUCACGGCCCCUGUCGGCGCGGCGCCACUGCCGCCAACGAAACAAGCCAGCAACCAGGUUUCUGAGAUGAGGAAAGCGACGAAGGAUGCCUCCGAGAUCGCGAUGCUCAUGUACGAGAGCCCUGACAACAGGUUUAAGCAGCGCAUCAUCGCAAGCAUCGGCGAACGCUACAAGAAAGCAUUUGGAUCUCGCUCCAGGAGGUGCAGAAGUGUCGAGGGCGUGGUGAAAUGGCAAUUGGAAGCUCUGCGAGGCACAUUUUUCAAUCCUAUAUGUGACACCUUCGACAUUUUUAACCAGCCGUGGGACUUGGAAUACAUUGGGUUGUCCAUCACAUUCCGUAACGCCCCUGCCCUGGACCUGGACCACCCCAUGGUUGUGUGGGAGCAAGAGCAAGCCAACUUGGCCGCGAAGUUCGCCUUGACCAUGGCCGGCAACAAGAUCAGAAGAACAUUGCAUCUUCUCCGUGGCCCUCUUCGUCAAUCCGUCCUACUGCUCGAUCCUGAGCGCGCCCGGGGCUUCCUUGAUCAGGUCAGGAGGGACUUGGAGAACUUCAGGAAGUUGGACGGUGUGAAGGACGCGUUUAUCAAGAAGGUCGUUCGCCGUUCCACCUUCAGCGGUCUCCUGGGUAAGCAGCUCUCGAAGGUCUGCGAGGAGGCAGGCUUCGAACCCACCCCUCGUCUGCUCGAUUGGGCCAAGCGAGAGCAUUACCGCAUCGUCGGCAGCAGAGUGUGCGAGGGCGCUGGGAACCGAGCCCGCCGCGCACAGGAAAAAGCCAAGACCGACGAGUUCGGCGCUUCCAAGGUCUGGGAGACGCUCAUCCGCAAGGAGGUGUUGAGCAAGGUCCACAAGUUCCAGGACCUCUGCACGCGUGGACAGAGGACACCACGGAACCCAAAGCUCCCCAAGAAGAUGUAUAAGCCUGCGCCGAGGAGCGCCGACAAGAGAUUCAAGCUGUCCCAGAUCAUCUCAUUCUACAGCACUCCGCCGUGGAAUUCCCCUGGCGCUGCUAAUUCCAAUCAGUGCGUCGCCGAUUUGUACCUCACCGAGUGGGCCAUUGCCAACGACAAGCUGGGGGACAUGAGGCAUUGCUGGAUGCGCGCGAUCGCCGGUAAGGGCCUCUUGCUUCUCCGGCAGGGCGGCGCUGCCAACCCAUGGUUCGCGUCCUGGGCAAUGCGAGCGACGUCGUCUUGCUCGUCCACCCAGUCGUCGAGGAUGCUGCCCGCGGCGUCUACAAGCUGGCGGUCGACGACGACGCGAAGAAGGCGCGCGCCAUGGUCAUCUGCAACCCCGCCGACGCGGAGGCGAUCCCCGUCGCCGUCGACCCUCCGGUGA